GGGAAGAAAACCACGUGACUUCCGCUAGCACGUGACACUUGGUGGAAACCGGAACGUCGUCAUGGCUGCAGCGCCGCAACCGUGCUUCUGGCUGGGUAAUGACACCCUCCGAGUGUCCACCGAGCUUUUCGCAAAGAACCGCGAGCGUCUGUGCUGCGAGCUGAGAGCCAAAGAAGGUGUGGAGUCCUCCUCGGUUGUGGUGCUGCAGGGCGGCGAGCAACAGCAGAGGCACUGCACCGACACGGACCUCCUCUUCAGGCAGGAGUCUUUCUUCCAUUGGGCCUUUGGGGUGACUGAGGCUGACUGCUAUGGGGUUAUUGAAGUGGACUCCGGAAAAUCCAUCCUGUUUGUUCCAAAACUGCCUGACAGCUACGCCACAUGGAUGGGAGAGAUCUAUUCCAAAGACCACUUCCGGAAGAAGUAUGCUGUUGACGAGGUGCAAUACACCUGUGAUAUUGCUGAAGUCCUGGGCAAGCUGAAACCAGCCGUGCUCCUCACAUUGCGAGGACAGAACACAGACAGCGGGAGCGUCAGCCGGGAAGCCUCCUUUGAAGGAAUUAGCAAAUUCCAAGUGAACAACAUGUUGCUGCACCCAGUCAUUGUGGAAUGCCGCCUGAUUAAGACGGACAUGGAGCUUGAGGUCCUGAGGUACACCAACAAGGUAUCCAGCGAAGCCCACAAGAUUAUCAUGAAGAGUGUGAAACCUGGACAAAAAGAAUAUGAAAUGGAAAGCCUGUUCCAGCACUACUGCUACACUAAAGGAGGAAUGCGGCACACCUCGUACACUUGCAUCUGCGGAACGGGCAAUAAUGCCUCUGUCCUGCAUUACGGUCACGCUGGGGCUCCCAACGAUAAAACCAUAAUGGACGGCGACAUGUGUUUGUUCGACAUGGGUGGCGAGUACUACUGCUACUCGUCAGACAUCACAUGCUCCUUCCCCGCCAAUGGCAAGUUCACCGCUGACCAGAGGGCCAUCUACGAGGCAGUCCUAAAGGCAUCCAGAGCGGUCAUGGCCGCCAUCAGACCAGGUGUGAAGUGGACCGACAUGCACCGUUUGGCUGACCGUGUCCACCUGGAGGAGCUGGUGAAAGUGGGCAUUCUUCAGGGCAGCGUGGAAGACAUGAUGAAAGUCCACCUUGGCGCCGUUUUCAUGCCACAUGGUCUGGGUCACCUGUUGGGCAUCGACGUGCACGAUGUGGGCGGUUAUCCCGAGGGAGUGGAGCGCAUCGACGAGCCCGGGCUGAAGAGUCUGCGGAUGGGCCGCCUGGUCCAGGAGCGCAUGGUGCUCACCGUGGAGCCUGGCAUCUACUUCAUCAACCACCUGCUGGAUCAGGCCCUGGCCGACCCCACGAAGAACUGCUUCAUCAACAACCAAGUGCUCAGUCGCUUCAGAGGCUUUGGCGGGGUUCGCAUUGAAGAUGACAUCGCCGUCACUGCAGAUGGCAUUGAGUUGCUUACCUGUGUCCCACGGACCGUGGAGGAGAUUGAGGCCUUCAUGAGCGACUCAGACAAACCUUUCAGCCCGCUCGUGUGCAGCCAAAAAUUUUGAUCCACCACAACUCUCUGGACAUAUUCAAAACUAAACAAUCAACCAACACAAGAUGAACACAUAAAAGCUUGAUCAUGAUGCAGU